AUGAAAGACGAAGGAGCAAUCAGCAUUAGUACAAGCCCAUAUUUUCUGAACGUUACUGAAUUACAUUUAUGCUACAAUGCUUUGACAGAUGCAGCAAUUACGGCCAUCUGUGAAAGUCGACAAUUGACAAAUAUUCAAACAUUGAAACUAGGAUGUUCACUUUCACAUACAAAGAAUGUGGUUUCCGUUCUUUCCUCAAGUCAAAACAUGAAAAAUCUGAAAGCUCUUAACAUAUCCAAUGUUGAUAUUUACAACAUUGAUGAUCUUGCCCAAAGUGAUAUCAUGAACAAUUUGACAGAAAUAGACUUGUCUGACUGUGCGAUGAACGAUGAAGAUGUCGUUUCAAUUUCAAAAAGUGUUGUCAUGAAAAAUUUGAGAACUCUGGUCCUGGAUUUUAAUGUUAUUACCUAUCACGGUGUACAUUCCCUCUCCACUAGUCCUAACCUCAUCAACUUGACCAAGUUACAUUUGGCAAACAAUUCACUUGGGGAUGACGGUGCUAAAGCUAUUGCAGGAGGUUUCUCAAUGCUAACAUAUUUAGACCUCUCCGGUUGUGAUAUAGGAAAUGAGGGACUCAAAUCAAUUUCCAAUAGUACAACGCUAACUAAGCUGAGGACUCUUAAUUUAAACUUUUCUAAAGUUAUUCAGGAGUGGAAGGUGAUUGGUAAUUCGAAUAAUCUAUCAAAGCUCAACCGACUAUACUUGGCCAAUAACGACACCCUUACAAUUAGAAAUGUUGUAUCGAUUGUUAAGCACAUGAAGCGUUUAGUUGAAUUGAACGUACAAAGAUGCAACUCCCCGUUUAGCGAUGAAACCAUGCAAGUAUUGUGUGAAAUGUUUCCAGCAUGCGAUUUGAGUUGGUAA